UUCCUUAUGAUCACGAUUGAUCAGCCAUGAAGACAAUUUUGGCAUCCAGAGAAGUUAUCAUUCCAGAAAAUGUUGAUGUUCAUGUCAAGAGUAGAACAGUAACAGUUAAAGGAGCUCGAGGAACAUUAAAAAGAACAUUUAAACAUCUUCGUUUGGAAUUACGGCUUUUGUCUAAAAAGAAACUAAAAGUUGAUGUUUGGUUUGCAUCAAGGAAGGAAUUAGCAUGUGUCCGUACCAUAUGUAGUCAUAUAGAAAACAUGUUUAAAGGUGUUACUUACGGAUUUCGAUAUAAGAUGCGUGCAGUUUAUGCUCAUUUUCCAAUCAAUAUAACUUGCACCAAUGAUGGAAAUCUUGUUGAGAUUCGGAACUUUCUCGGUGAAAAGUACAUUCGGAAGGUUCAGUUGCGACCCGGUGUAACGUGUGUUAAUUCUAGCACCAAAGAUGAAAUCAUUUUGGAAGGAAAUGACAUUGAACUUGUUUCCAACUCAGCUGCUUUGAUCCAACAGUCAACAAAAGUGAAAAAUAAAGACAUUCGCAAGUUCCUUGAUGGUAUUUAUGUCUCAGAAAAAACUACAGUUGUAUCAAUGGACUGAAACAUAUUGAAAUAAAAUGAUUGAAAAUCA